UUCAAAAAAAAAAAAAAACCAUCUCUCCCUUUUUCUCCUAUCACUGCAAUAUCCCAGUCUCCCCUAUACCUCUCCAUAGCAGCAUUGUCUUCAGGCUCCACUACUUUUUAUAGACAUGUCUACCUCAAAAACCUUGGAUAAACCUUUUGGAUAUGAACCUGUUGUUCAAACUCAAGCAGGUUUUGCUCUGCUUCAGAGAAACACAUCCCCAUCUCAGGCUGGUGAAAGGAGAGGCAGAAGAAAGCAGGCAGAACCUGGGAGGUUUCUUGGAGUUAGGAGGAGGCCAUGGGGUAGAUAUGCUGCUGAAAUCAGAGACCCAACAACAAAAGAGAGGCACUGGCUUGGCACAUUUGAUACAGCUCAAGAAGCAGCUCUUGCUUAUGAUAGAGCUGCACUUUCCAUGAAAGGAACCCAAGCAAGAACAAACUUUAUAUACUCUGACAACACUACUUUUCAUUCUCUUCCGUCUCCUUUUGAUGUCCAAGCUCUUUUACCAACUUCACAGGUUCUUACCAGUUCUCAACCCAAACAAGCAACCAAUCACUACAGUGAACCACAGCCUGACAUUUUCCACAGUAAAACCCCCAUCCGCCCUAAUAAUAAUGACCUAUCAUCAUCAGCUGAUGAAACUCCCUACGGGUCAAUUGAUGAUAAUAGUUUCUUUUUUUCUAGUGAUACUAACUCAGGUUACUUGGCCUGCAUUGUUCCUGACAACUGCUUGAAGCCUCCUUCCACUCCAACCAGCACACAUGUUUCAAACUUUUGCUCCAUGAACCAAAACUCCCAUGAAAACCAAUCACAUUCUGAUAAUUAUGCUCUUUAUCCAGAUAUAACAAGCUUUCCCAAUUCUAAUAACAUUGAGUUUCCAGGUUUUGAUGAACUCAAUCAGGGUAGUUUUUGGAGUGAUCAGCAAUCAUGGGAAAUGAACUCCAAUGAACUCUCAGGUAUAAUCAACCCCCCAUUGAUGGUUGAAGAUGGCUGCAUGGGAGGAGCUUUUUAUCCUUACAAUGGCAAUCCUAGCAGCUACACCAUGAUUCCACAAGCCAAUUCUUCAGUAACUUGCUCUCCUUCAAUGCCUUCUUUUGGUGAUGUAGUCGACUCGGGGUAUUCACUCUUCUGAGAUCUUUCAGAAUCCAUUAUCAUCUAUGAUCAGCACCUGC